UUUCCACUUCCUUCCUCACAAACCUACUAUAAAGCCCAAGUGGAAUUGCCAUCUCCCCGGUCCACUGUGUAGGCAGUAACAAUUGCAGGAAGAGAAGAGAUAGAGGAUGGCGUUUAGUGGUGAAGUAAGCAACAAACAGGUGAUAUUCAGAGACUAUGUGACUGGUUUUCCUCAAGAAUCUGACAUGUGCUUCACCACUGGUACUGUAAAACUCAAGGUACCAGAAGGUUCUAAUGGUGUUCUUGUCAAGAAUCUCUAUCUCUCCUGUGAUCCUUACAUGCGAAUCUUGAUGGGGAAACAUGAGGUUUCCAGCUCAUUUUCCUCCUAUACUCCAGGCUCUCCACUUACUGGGUAUGGAGUGGCUAAAGUUUUGGAUUCAGGAAACCCAGACUUUAAAGAAGGGGACUUGGUUUGGGGAAUAACUGGAUGGGAAGAGUACAGUCUCAUCACAACACCACAAGCGCUCUUUAAAAUUCAGCAUACUGAUGUUCCCCUUUCAUACUAUACAGGAAUUCUUGGUAUGCCUGGAGUGACUGCUUAUGCUGGUUUUUAUGAGGUUUCUUCUCCCAAGAAAGGAGACCGUGUUUUCAUUUCAGCAGCCUCUGGCGCUGUUGGUCAGCUUGUUGGCCAAUUUGCAAAGUUGAUGGGCUGUUAUGUUGUUGGAAGUGCUGGAAGUAAAGAAAAGAUUGAUUUGUUAAAGAAUAAGUUGGGGUUUGAUGAGGCCUUCAAUUAUAAAGAGGAGCACAACUUGGAUGCUGCUUUGAAAAGAUGCUUCCCUGAAGGCAUAGACAUCUAUUUUGAAAAUGUUGGUGGGAAAAUGCUUGAUGCUGUUCUUCUCAACAUGAGAGUCCAUGGCCGCAUUGCUGUAUGCGGAAUGAUCUCACAGUACAACCUUGACCAGCCUGAAGGUGUUUGUAAUUUGAUGUCUAUUGUUUAUAAACGGGUCCGCUUAGAAGGAUUUGCAGCACCUGAUUAUUAUCCCCAAUAUCCCAAGUUUUUGGAUAUUGUGCUGCCCUACAUUAGAGAAGGGAAGAUUACAUAUAUUGAAGACAUUGUUGAAGGACUGGAGAAGGGCCCUGGAGCCAUCAUAGGCCUUUUUAAGGGUAGAAAUGUUGGAAAACAGGUGAUUGUAGUUGCUCAUGAGUGAUUGGAUCCCUGUUAUGUGUAUGUUUUUGCCUUAAUGAUAUAAAAUCUGCAUCUGUUGAAGUACUGGCAUUUUAGCUCCAACAUUGAAGGAUUUUUUUCUUUAAGCAUGAAGACCAGCAGAAAAUCUUGGAAUAAGCUGGCAUUAGUUGUUAUUUAUUAAAUUUUGAAUUCAGUUGCAACAGCUCUGUAUUUUAAGCAAAAUGAUAGCCGAAGUUGUGGUGAAGUUCUGUGUAUAUAUGACUUUGAAUGAAAUAAAAGAGUCGAUCUUUCAACCGAAAAAA